AACAACACCACUCGUACCCCCAGCUCCCUCCCACCCCUUUCUAUAUGUCGUGUGCUUGAGUGCAAAAGGAGUCAUAAUAACCUUGCACAAGAAAUUUAACUGCUGGUCAUAACGCAGUCUAUGGACAGACAAUGGGUCUUUGGACACUUCUUCUGCAGUUACACCUGGUGUUCGGUGUUUCUCUCACACCACCUUCCGAUGUUUCCAUCUCGUCCUUCAACAUGGAGCAUACACUCAACUUUCUGCCAGGUCCUGGGACCCCCUCUGUCACACACUUCACCGUCCAAAUCGUCAACGACAGGAAGAACAUGUGGAGACCAGUGGUGGGUUGUUUGGAGCUGAGAGCUGGACAGAUGUGCAACCUAACCAGAGUGUUCACUGACCCAUACACUCACUACAAAGCCCGAGUCAAAGCCUUCACAACCACCCAGACAUCCAGCUGGACCGAAUCAGGCUGGUUCCAGCCUAUUUCAGACACUGUGCUGGGACCUCCUGAUAUGUCUGUGUCUGGCUGUGGAAACUGUUUGAUCCUGCACCUCAAACCGCCUGAAGCAAAGGGCCUCCAGUGUAACCUGCAGCUGGAGAACCUAUACAGAGGAGUGAUCCUGCAUGUGCGAAGGACCAGGGAUGGGGCACAGUUCAGACUGAAUCUGCCGUACAGUGAAGAGAAAGUGAUCAUGUACCUGCAGCCAGGUGUAGAGUACUGUGUGAGCAUCUCUGUGACAGCACUCCUCAAAUCCAACCAUGUCGCCAGUAAACCUCACUGUGCUUUCACAAGCCAUCCUCCAUCGACAAGCUCAUUGUAUUUGGUUAUCGGCCUGCUGUUUUUUUUUUGUAUACUGGGCUUCCUAAUCACUGGAUUGGUUGUUAAUGGUGGUCAGCGGUGCUUCACAAUACUAAGACAACACCUAUCCACAUCUCUGUCAUACACAAGUACAUCAUGAACGGCCCUGAGGAGCAGCUGUGAGAGGGAGAGGAAGCCUAUGAACUGGCAAUAUCCCUAAAGAUCAGAGGAGCUAGAUUGGGGCAGCUGGUUUUAAAGCUGGCCGAAGCUCUGAGAGAAAAAUCUCUGGUUAAGAAUCAAAGUGAAAAGUUUUCGCAAAUUGUUAUAAUACUGUCUUUGUGUCAGUAUUUUAAUUUUUUUCUGACUCUAAAUGUAAUGAAAGUGAAUGAAGUACAUGUAAUUUAAAACACUUUAAAACUCAAAGAAUACUUGGAUCGCAUGAUCAUUGAUCGCAUUCAUAAAUACCUUAACUUAAAUACCUUAAUGAUACUUGAUCUUAGCAAGAAGAUUAUAUAUUAAUAACCACAAUUGAGUUGUACUCAUACAUGGGUUUAGCAUAUAAUGCAAAAAAGUAAAAAUACGCAAACUAUACAGAAUAUAUUUUGAAUUCUGCUGUCCAGCCUCUUCUCUACCAGAUGAGCAGAGUGGUACUUUUUCAUUAUUUCUUCACAUGGUUACUGGUUUUAUUAACAAGCUAUUGUACUAUAGGGGAGAGCGGGGUAAUGUGAGAUAUUUUUUACAUUUGCUCCCUUCUAGGCGAGCUAAAAUGAUAUAUCAGUAAAAUGUACACAUUUUCCAUUAAUUCAGGAUGGAAAUGAUCAGAAUGUCUUCAGGACAAAGGGCAGUGAAAAUAUGAUUGAUUUUUAAAAAGUGGACUUGUGUCUCACUUUACCCCAGCUACGGGGUAAAGUGGUCCACUUACUUUUUCCACUUUAAACCUACCAUAACAUCACAUGUUGUAAAAGUUAAAAUCCUGACAGCUAGACUGACAACCACACAUUCCAAAACUAAUAUCGGGAUUGGUCAAUUAAGCACAUUUAUGAUUAUUAUGAUUCAUGUGAUCUCUCUGUCCAAUUGGCAGGGACAGGGAUAUUGUUUUUCUCUGCAUAUUCAAAUGCCAGUUCAAGGCACUUAACUGGAGCAAGGCCAUGGAACUGGUCAGCUAGUUGUUUCAAGUGUUUGGCAAGCUCCUCCUCCAUCUCAUCUGUGAAUAUUCUCUUUGCCUCAGCUACUUUGCCUCUCUUUGCCUGAUUUUACUUCCCCUUUCUCUUUUUUCUUUAUUUAUCUUUUGAGGGUUGUCUUAUCAAUAUUUCUAUCCCUUCAGCUAGCACCAAUGACAUGCUUUUAUAUGUUGAAAGUUCACCAACAUGUAUGAUAUACAUUUUUCUACCUGAAUCAAAUUGUUUUGAAUCAAAUUGUUUUGACACAACAGUUGAUUAAGUUCAAAGAAUUUUUGUGAAAAAACCUAAUUACCACAGCACCAGCACCAACUUGUCCUUCAUGGCAAGGGGGAAGGGGAGGGGCUUGAAAACGUCAUGGUCACAUGACCACAAAUGUGUUCCGUUGUCUAGAUACAGGGGGUGUCUCACAUUACCCAAUGUCUCACAUUACCCCGCUCUCCCCUACGAUGAGAAUAUGCCAUUUGAUGAUAUAAAUAUUUCUUAUGCCUCUUUUAGGUUUUCAUAAAACAAUUUGUAUUAAAAUGAAGCAUGUUGACUAAUU